GUUGUCUGCAGUUUGAAUUUUGUUUACGUUUUGCUGAGACUGGUGGUUUUUGUUUUCUUUAUCGUGUUGCCAAAUAUUUGGUGAUACACCCAUUCAAACGGCGAAGUUCUAAUUUCACCCGAAGUGACCAACUGUAAUUGGAAUGAUAAUUGUCAGCAGCAACUCUAGCUUGUUUAUUUUCAUUACACAUUGGAUGAGAGUCUGGCGUGACAUUGUAGCGUAGAUGAUGAUAUACGAAUACCUACACGAAGGAGGUACUCCCCCCUUUGGUUCAACACAAGCAUGUCACUAGCUCAGGUGUUGAAUACACUGGGCUAGUGAAAUUGGCUUAACUCGCUCGCAAACUAAAGUUUUUUUUGUAAAAGGUAAGAGUUUGGAGAUGAGUGGUGGACUGGUGCCUAGCAAGAGUACAGUAUACGUGUCCAAUCUGCCGUACUCGUUGACCAACAACGACCUGCACAAGAUAUUCACCAAGUAUGGCAAGGUGGUCAAGGUGACGGUUAUGAAGGACAAGAAAACUCGAAAGAGCAGAGGGGUGGCUUUUAUUCUGUUUCUGACGAGAGAAGAUGCUAGGACCUGUGCUGCAGCCAUCAAUGGCAGAGAGAUGUUUGGACGAACAUUGAAGAGCAACAUAGCUGUGGACAAUGGCCGCAGUGCGGACUUUAUUCGUCGUCGAGACUACCCAGACAAGAGCCAGUGCUACGAGUGUGGCGAGGUGGGCCACCUCAGCUACAAGUGCCCGAAGAAUGCCCUUGGUGAGCGGGAACCACCACCCAAGAAGGAGCGAAAGAGGAAUAAGAACAAAAACAAGAAAAAUGAUGCAUCUCAGCAACAAGACGACUAUUACAGCUCGGACGAGCAAGGCUGCAGGAGCCCGAGGUGUGGGUCUGCGGCAGACGAGGUGACGCUGGAUGACGAGACCCUCAGCUUUGCCAUCAGACUUCAGCAAGAGAAGGUGGAGAGAGAGCGACAAACGACCGAGGAGUGUGUAAGUCCUGGAGAUGAAGCAUUGGGAAGGAAGCGGAUACGACAGAACUCUUACUUCAGUGACGAGGAAGAUGUCAGUGACUGAACAGUAUCUUCUAAAACACUCACUUUUUGGUCUCCAGUUUAUUGCUUCCAUUUUUGUGCUACCAGGCAAAGUUUUGGUAGCACAUGUGAAUAUUGACACCAAGAUGUUCAUCUGUUAAUUAUUUUCUUAGUUAUUAUUACCCACACGUUUACAAGAAAAAGUGGAUUUUCAAGGCACCACAAAAAAAUUUGUUGUGUUCGUUUAAAACAACACAACUUCCAAUUUGAUUCAGACACAUUCUUGUCCACAUCAACUCUAAGAAAUAACAGGUGAUUGGAAAAUAUUUUCCUCUGUUUAUUGGCUUCUGACUGUCGGAAGUCUUGGCUCAAAUCGUCCAUGACAUCUCGCAAAAACUGUGGUCCAAUUUUGGGCAGUUUAGCCUGUCGCUAAGUCUACGUGCAGAUUGUCCCAGUUUAUACUGAUUGGCAGUACAAAUAAUAUAAGAUAAUGAAUUAUUGCCUGUUAUAAAACAUUGCUUUGAUCGAAGUAUUUGCUGAGUCCAGACACUUUUAGCAUCACACAAAAGAGUAACGAUGAAUGUAGACUGCAUCCAAAAAUUGCACAGAUAAUAUUUAUAGCCCAAAUUUUGAGUCGCUUAAUUGUAUAUAAUUAUAAUUGUGAAAAGGUGUUACCGUACUGAUUCGUGUAUGGAUAGAGUUAUUCACUGUGGGUUGAAAAAAUUAAAUUUGAACUUUGUA